GUCACCAUGUCGAGUGAGGACUGGAAGGAGUGUCCGGACUGGCUCGCUAGAAUUGGCUUAAUAAGCCGCGAUCACAUGCUCACCUCGCCCAACGCCAAGCUAACCGACCUGUGCAGGUUCCUGCGGGAUGGGGUCAUGAUCUGCAAGCUGCUGCACAUCCUGGACGAGGACAGCAUAGAUCUGAGGAGCAUCAACCAGCGGCCCCAGAAUGCUCAGUUCUUGUGCAUGAAGAAUAUAGGCAUCUUCUUGCAAACUUGUGAAAAAAAAUUUGAACUACAUAAAGAUGACCUCUUUGAACCUCAGAUGCUCUUUGAGUUUUCUGAUUUUGGAAAGGUUCUUGCAACAUUAUCCAAGCUCAGUAAAACUUCAAAGGCUCAGCAUUUACAAGUUGAGGGGUUUCCUCAGGAAAGAGGGCAAGAGAAUUAUGACAAUAAGAUAUAUGAAACCCUUUCCACAGACAUGGUCAAUGGGCCAGAAGGUGAUCUCAUGAACCCGAAUAUGACGACAUUUGAAGAGGAAGAUGACGACUCUUUCAAAGUUGAGAAAAUAUAUGCAGAACUCAAACUCUGCUCUUCACACCCAAUACAGUGGGAUGAUAGUGAAGAAAACAUUUAUGAAGAGCCUCUCGACUUCGAUACAACAUACGAGGAGGCGCCCAAAGCUUGGCCAAAAGAAAAGCGGGAUCUUUGUCUUCAAGAGCUGGUAGAAACAGAAAGCAAUUAUGUUCAUGCGCUUCACAUGCUCUGCAAUAAUUUCUAUAAGCCUUUAAAAAAAUUAAUAAGUGAUGAGCAACUGAAGAAAAUAUUCUGCAAAAUUCCGGAAUUGGCUCGAAUACACAGUCUGAUACACGAAGGUCUAACCGAGGCACAAAAAAACUGCCAUUCUAGAACAGUCUCCAAAGUAUUCCUCGACAACCAAGAGAAGCUUCUCGUUUAUGGAGAAUAUUGUGCUAACCUCACCACUGCUCAACAAGAACUAGAAGAUACCAUGAAUAACAAUGAUAGAAUUAGGAAUGUUAUCCAGGAGUGUCAACAAGAAGUGAGUGACGGGAGACAUCAAUUGCGGGAGUAUCUAGUUGUGCCUCUUCAACGGAUUCUUAAAUAUCACCUUUUAUUAAAUGAGCUCGUGCGUCAUACUCAGUCGACUCACAGUGACAUGGGGAAUCUGAAGAAAGCUCAUGCGGCAAUGAUGGACUUGGCUGAAUAUAUCAAUGAAGUGAAGCGUGACAAUGAAAUGCUUCAAAUCAUAAAAGACCUCCAGAUGAGUAUAACGGACAUGCCUAAUGAUCUUAGCAAUUUAGAUGACCUUGGAAAACUCAGAUAUGACGGCGAAACGAGGAUUGAAUGUCACCCAGAACAAAUUAAAAAGAGAUAUGUUUUUGUGUUCGACAAAGUUAUGGUGAUCUGCAGCAGACAAACAAGGAGAUUAUCCGAGCUGUUCUUAAGUCCUAGUUCGAAUAGAUGGUCUUUUGGGGAGGUGCCAACAGAGGAUGAAAAAUAUGCAUUCAAGGACUUUGUUCCUUUGAAGAACUGCAAGGUACAGAAUACAGUUAGUGCGACGUAUGGUGGAAGUACAAAAAUUAAACAAAAUAGUUUCUAUCUGGUUGUUAAUGGUAACGAGAAGGCAUACACCAUCGUCGCCAAGGACAGUGAUGCAAAAGAGAAAUGGAUGAAGAACCUUAGUGAAGCAAUAGACUAUCUGAACCCUCCUGAGAACACCACACUGAACCACGAUUUCUCCAUCACCACUUUCACCAAGCCAAACACUAGAUGCAGUAUAUGUCAUAAGUUGCUCAAAGGAACCAUGUUUCAGGGAUACCAGUGUGCAAAAUGCAAGAAGGUAGUUCACAAGUCGUGUAUGAAUAGCCUCCAUAAAUGUGAUCUUCCAGUGCACCAAGGUCCUCUGUCAAUUCCCACCAGUGUUACUGAGGCUCCAAGGUUUCCAGGCUAUGGGGAUCUUCAAAUUAAAAAUGAUCCUUGGUGGGCUGAGAGAAUGACCCGUGAUGAUGCUACACUUUACUUGGGAUUAUCUCCAGAGGGAACAUUCCUUCUUCGCUGGUCUGAACGACACGAAAAACUUGUCUUGUCACUCAAGGCAAUGGGCGAGGUGAAACAUAUGAGAGUUUUCCGGCAGGAUGGAAAUGGUUUCUUCUAUUUAAGCGAGGCUCGCUACUUUACAGCUCUUCCGGAGCUUAUCAACUUCUACAGACAAUCACCACUCUCGGAAAGCUUUACUGGGUUGGAUUGUUGCUUGCGCCGUCCUUUCUACGACACUGCAAUAGUGAAGUUUCCGUACUUGGGAACUGGUCCCAGCCACCUAAGUUUGGUGCCAGGCCAGAGAGUAGUAAUCAUGAGCAGAGAAGGAGAGAAUCGUGGCUGGUGGAAAGGUCGGAUUGACAACCAUACUGGAUACUUUCCAAGGGAGUACGUUACAUUAGAAAAUGACGACACUAGACUAGGAUGGUGAUUCAAUGCUGGUUUCCCAUCUGCCACGUUAAUGCAGUAUUUCCUCCAUGAAGGUCAUAGUAACAUUGCUUUUCUCAUUUUGCUGGUGAUGUUUAACAUGCAAUUUAAUUUUUCCGCUAUAUUUUACUGCCAGAUAAGCAUCGUGUAUAAUUUAAAUAGAGGCUUUCUUUAAAAAAAAACUGUGCAGCAGUUAAAUCAAAUUACAUUUUGAAUGUACUGUUUUGUUCCUGUUUGCUGUACUUUAAAUUACAAUCGACAACAUUUUUAUUCCGUAUCACAGUAAUGAGACCAAGUCAUCCUUACGUUGCAGUUUAGUCAAAUUUAGAUAUAGAGGGGAAUUAACUCUUAGUCAGCUCAGCUAUUUACGAGUAGUUAAAAAAAUAAAUUUGGGGGAGGGAGGGGGGGGGGAUCAUAUUUGGGGAUCUGCACACAGGAGGUAAUUGCAAAUAGCUUGGAGCAGUAUAAAGGUUAAUCAGAGGUUGCUUAGUGAUACAUUUUCAUUCUCGGUCAAAAUAACCAUUUGUAAUCAAAUUAAAAUAUAAAGACUAGUAUUGUACCUUCAUUUCUAAACUUGACAAGUUAUUGUCAUGAAUAUAAAUGAGUAAAUAUGUCAGUUUUAGUAAAUGUGUCGAGUAUUUUAUUCAUUUUAAGCUUGACAAAAAAUGAAACGAGCAAUAUAUGUUCCUCUUCUGACUUGGGAGGCUUGUUGCUUUUUAUCAGAGCCAAACAAGAUUUUGCUAAUCAUUGCUAGAAAUUUAAGUAUUUAUACAAGUUCAUUAUCUGGAAAUUUUAACUCUUUUCCCCCCCCCCCCCCUGUCCCUCCCUCUCCACUUUCAAAGUACCUUAGUGCAUACACUUGCGUCAAAUGAUUAUAUUAUGUACAAGUAUUUACAGUGGUGGAAUUCAAAGUGGGCAAAAAAUACUGAAUAUUAUUUGUGAAAUACACAUUUGUAUUCCUAGUUAAAGGGAAAGACAAAAAUAAGAAAUUGCAGUUUAUAGUUCUGUGAAGUACAAUACUCUGAAUUUGGUGUACAGUAUUGAUUGUGGUGUACAAUACUCUGAAUGUGGGGUACAAUACUCUGAAUGUAGGGUACAAUACUCUGAAUGUGGGGGUACAAUACUCUGAAUGUGGGGGUAAAAUACUCUGAAUGUAGGGGUACAAUACUCUGAAUGUAGGGGUACAAUACUCUGAAUGUAGGGGUACAAUACUCUGGAUAUGAGCUGAAUAUGAGUUUAGUUCUCUGAAUGUGAGCUGCAGUACUCUUGAAUGUGGCCAAAGGAAAAACAAAAACAUCCACAUCAAGGAAGGUGGUGUCUCCCCAUAAGGUAGCAUGUUCUUCCAUUGGUGUCUAAAAGCAGUUAUCUGCUUAUAAUGUUUCAUAAUGUUACCUGAUUUAAUAUAUGUUUCUCAGGCUUUGUGUACCAUGACCUAAAGGGAGCAUUUGCAGCAGUUUUUUCAUGUUUAUUUUUGCCUCGUAGACUUCUCCGGGUGAAAAUAAGCCUUUGGGGGCAGUCGGAAGAGAUGAUUGUGUGAGGCUUCUGACCUAAAGGGGUAUUCUCAUGUGCCAAAUGUUUUGCUUAGUUUUUUAUUCAAAUUCUAUGUAGUAGUUGCUAAACUGUUGGUAGUAUAUUAAUAAUAGUAAGAAAAUUACUUUGUUACACUAUUUUAUAAAUACUGUAUUAUAUUUUUUAAGGUGUGUAUUCACUGAUUUUUCAUCACUUGAUUGUGUACUGUUCACAUGUGAAUCACUUUUGUGCUGUCUUAUGCUGUGAGAAUCUCAUUAACAUCGUCAUGAUCAUUUUUAAGACCUGUGAAUAUUUCGUAUAUUCUUUUGUACUGUAUAAUAUUCCCUCUGCAGGUAUAGUCAAAUUGCUAUUACCGGCAGAAGUAUCUAAAGCAUUACGAUGGUUUUGGUCAUUGGGUGCGGUGUUAACAUCGUCAUAAUGUUUGGGUGUACCGUGUAGUACGUGUACCAUUCUGUGUGAUCCUUGUGGGUUUUGUCCAGUAAAAUACUGCCAUUUACACUUAAAUAUCUUGCAGCAGGAAUAGUAACCAGUUUCUGCAGCAAUAAAUCCUAUAAUAGAAAUUACUUUAUAAUUCUGGCAAAAUUUGAAAAAUUAGUGUUUUAUGCUGAUUCUCCUUAAAAUAUUUGAUAAAACUUCAGUAUUUUUUUCUUCUUCUAGAAUGCUUGCAUCAAGUGUUCAAGCAUGUUUUGCCUUCUUUUUACAUGAAGGCACAAUGUUAUUAAAGUGUUGUUUGAUGUUAUUUUACACAGAAUAAGAACCAGUUUUUUUAUGUACCCAGUAAAGUUUGGCAAUAAUAGUAAUUAAUGCUAGUUAAAAUUACUUGUUGGUUCAUUAUUAGGGGGUUCAUAUUUUAAAAAGACUUGUGUAAAUUAUUUUGGUUCUGUUCUGCUCCCUAAAGAUUAUUGGUGAAUAUACAUCCACCAAUAUAUAUAAAGAUGAAUGAGGAGCCUGUAAUGACUUUAAAGACAAUAUCAACAAUUCAAAUGUUUCAGAAAAUGAGUUACAAUAUCAAAUAACCCAACAUGACAUUAAAUGAAAGUGGCGGCAUUUCAUUGUGUCUUGAACCUUUUUCAAUUUGUAACAUCAAUUAGAUGUUUAAUUUGUAUUUGAAAUUAUACAGUGGCUCCUCACUUUACACUAGAUUGGACCCGAGAUAAGGCUUUGGAUAGCAAUUACAGUACUAGUAUUGGCUUCUUCUUGCCUUUAAAUGUCAAAUCCCCAGGAACGGAUAUAUAUGUAGAACCAAUGCAGACAAUAAAUACAGGUAUUAUAAAUGCUCACUAAAACAGGCUCCUAGGUGGGCUAGAUCCUGCUCUUCCAUAGUCCCUGAUAGGUAAGUGUCAAGAUAGGAUGGUGAGGGUGGAAGAGGGCUCUACAGGGGUUAUACACUUUCUUUACACUGACAGUGUCAUGAUUAGUAGAGAUGAUGUUUCCAUUGGGCUAUCGGUGAACAUCAGUCAGCUAGCAGAGGUACUGGGGAUAUUAGCAGGAGUCGUAGACCAGGUUGGUGUGAUUGUAAACGGGUGGAGGGGCGAUUAUGUAUGCUUGACUAAAUCGUGUUUUAUAUACAUUCACGACCAAGUGACACGGCAGUGUCCCUAAUCUUUCAUAAAUAUUAUCUAGGAUUUCUUUAUGGUUGUGUCUUGACAUUGAGGAAUACCUGCAGGAGUUUGAUGAUGUCGUAAUGCAAGAAUGUGUUCAUAAUGCGUGUAAAAUGCCAUAGACGAGUGAGCAAGAUUGUUGCAGAGAAUGCCACAUAUUGCAUGGAAGAACUUGGUGCCCUCUCAGCUAACAUCCCCCCCCUCCCCCAGCUCAAUACUUGUAAACAAUGUUUUCUGAAGGUUUAGUAUUUAAGAAAAUUAGAAAUGUAAAGUGAGGGACUACAUAAUAUAUCUAGUAUGUCACUUUGGGUCGAAUUUAUUAUAGAACAUUAACAUUGUUGUCAUUGUUUUUUAAAUGGGAAAUGUGAUGUAAAUCAAACAUAUUUAAGAUUUUGUAAUGUUGAGCACAUUAGAGCUGCCAAUUAAAAAAAAAAUCGGCUUAUGUAAGUGGAAAGCCUUUUUAAAAUUAAUAUCACUAAAAUUUAAUAUAUUGACUAUAGAAAAAGAAAUAUUGAAAGUUUUCUCACAUUCUGAAAUUUAAUUUUGGAUAAAGUUUGCAAGUUUUUUCAAUACAGCAUGUAGUUGCUCAUGCCUAAAAAUGAUUGUGAAUGGAUGAAUUUACUGUUGAACUAGAUAAUUAGUAAUGAAAAGUAUGUGCAAUAAGACAUAAUGUUUUCAAAACAUUAUUCAAUCUAUAUUUGCCACUUUGGAUAAAUCCUCUUUCAGACCAGAUAUUUCUGGUCACAUGGAUAGGAACCAGCAUAGUCGGAGCAGUUUGACAUUCUGUUGUAGCAUAGCAGGAGUCCUUACAAUCAUCUGUGCUAGCUCAUACUGGUGCUAGGAAAACUGGAGAUGACUAUUCAGUUCAGAAUUAUAUCCAACUAAUUCACUGAAAUGCUUUUGGGACAGACAUUUGUUUGCCUUGUACUAAGGUCCAAUUGGCCACAAUAUGUCGCUUAUGAGUUGGUCUGUUGACUCUACGCCAGAUAAUACCUCUGUACCCAGUUAAUCAUGGCUAUUUUUUGUUAUUAGUUUCAUAUGAUUCCUUUGCCUAUUUUUCUGUUAGAUCGGGUAAUGCUCAGAACUCGUGCCAUGGAAGCCAGGCCUCAUCAUUCAUUCAUUGUAUUGGAGUAUGGGACUUAGCUAGAUUAAGGCCUUUAUUUUACUCCUCGAUGUUGUUUGACACAACAGUAAUUUUUUUUUUUUUUUACUGCAACUUUCCAUUCAUGUUACAUUAGCACUUGCUUCAGCUAGCAUAUACAAUGCAUAAAAAAUAUUAAUGUAAAGUAUAUGAAAUAUAAAUGGUUUCCAUUUGUAGUUGUUUCUGUUGACAUUCUCUGUUUCCCUCCUGCUUUGUCAUUUACGGAUGCAAGCUUUUAUUGCUCUAGCCUAUUAUGUCCAUCGUGUGUGGGCUAUGACCCUCUUCAAGCUUCCAACCUGGCUCCCUACAUCUUUGGCGGCAACUAAAUUUCAGGAUGUCGAUAAAACUUUCAGUUUGGAAGGAGUCUUGUCUCAGCUUUUGUGAUUUUCAUGCUUAUUUCUUUUAAGGAGGAACUUCACUAUGCUGGAUUGUCAGUCUUGUAAGACAGCAUCUCUGAACUUCUGAAGAGCUAGUUGACUGCUGCAAGCGAGCUUCUUGGCAUUAUUGUUUCAGUUUCUGGGUGCUGGAUUUUUAUUUCCCUUAUAAUGUGAGGGAAAACCCAAAUGUAUUAGCAUUUGGUUUUUGCUCCCUCUUCUGCUUGUAGGAUUUGUGUACAGUGAUAUCCUCCUCUUAUCCAUGAAGGGGCAGUUCUGUGAUCUGUUUCUCAGAGCUGCACCCUUCACCUACCUUCAUGUGGGAUUCAUGCCUUUUUUCUCUCCCUUGAGAUGACUGGGUCCAUGUAUCCGAAUUUGACCCAGCUUUGCUCCAAAUGGGGUUUACGUCAGUUUCCUGAGGUGAUACCAGUUUCAUACUUCCUCCAAUUGGUGUGAAGAGUUGACUCUAUCUCCUACUGUUUGUAGGCCCUUCCCUUCAGGUUGCCUCUGGUGCUCCGGCCUUUCAUCCCCUGCUUCAGGGUGGCUCUCCGUGGGCUUCGGUCCUAGGGCCUAGAUGUUUCAGCCUCCCUUAAUGACUGAUUCCUUUAGGCGCUCAUUCUUUGGCCUUGCCUCUGGCCAGGGAGUGUACGUUGGAGGUGCUGGGUAGUUUGGCUCCUGUUCCCUGAGCCAACUUCCUGGCUCCAGCCUUCGCUGUGUCUGUCCUGGUUGGGGCUAGUGUGGGGUUCCAAGGCUUCCUCAUCAUGGAUGGCCAUCUGCUUGCCCCUCGUCUUAUUUUGUGAGCUCGUGCACAUGCAGGCAGACUGUGCUUGGUUGGGUUAGGUAUAAGUUUGUGUCACUAUAUCCAGUGGCCUUGCAAUAGGAGUAAGUUUGAGGAAAGGUGUACUAAAAUAAGAAUAUUCUGCUGCUUAACAAUGUGGCUUGGUGCAGCUGUGCAUCUAAAAUCAGUGCACCAGCAUGUUUUUCAUUCUUUCCCUACUGUUUGUGAGAGUGAACACUAGUCGUGGCUUCUAGAUUCUUAGGAUUUACAUUUGUGCUCAAGGCAGUCACUUUCAUGGAGUGUGAUUCCAUGCAUAUUCCAAUACUGCAUAUUGAUAGCUUUUUCCAUAGCUGUGAUGCUUUUCUCUGUAGACACUACUUCUCAGCUGAAUUCCACAUAUGAUGGUUUUGGGUUCUUCUAGUCUGUGCUUUGGCCAGUUCUUGCAACAUUGGAGAGCUUUUAUGGGUACUGUGGUGUUGGUCUCUACUUUUGAGGCAGGCUAAUUUAGUUCCUGCCCCUCUUUCAUUUAGGGACCUUCUCUAGGUUUCUUUCUUAGUCUUAUUGCCAGUCAUGUAGGGUGAAUAGUGGAUGUUCCUGUAGUUUCCUGCAAUCUUUGUCUCCCUGGCUUUUUGCUCUUAAGAAUUUUGUGUCUUCAUUUGGGGCUGCUGUGGUGGAUCCACUGUAUCUGAGUUUGGGCUUAGUCAGUCUUUGUUGUUAGUUUUCCCCAUAGUUAGUUUUAAAUAGUUAGAACCUAUUUUGUUUACCACAGCAGACUCUAUUUUGGGUUUAAUCAGGGGUAUCAGUCAUGCAGGGCAUCUGACAGUUAGCUACAGUGCUAUAUGGCAGUAAUGAUGAUGCCAGGUAGCGCAUAGAAAGCCCUUAAGUGUUAUAUAUUUGAACGAGUCAUUCAAAUGACCCGGCACAACCAUUGAUGGAUACGUACUGUACAGUGACUCGUUUUCAGGGUUAGGAAAAUUGUUAAAAGGGUUCCUCUGUUUAUUUAUUUUUUAUUUAUUUUUUUGGCAGCUCUAAUGUUGUUGAAAGAUUUCCAUAAUUUAAGCACUGUACUUCUAUAUUUUAUUAGUUUUCAGUAUGUAUUAUAAUUAUAUAUGAAAGUUCCAGGUAUAAUAUAAUCUCGUGUUAAUUGUAUAAAUUCCGGUGAUUAACUCAUUGAAAUCCGGUGAAUGUUCAGUAAGAAACUUCAACUUGCAUGAUUAGGUUUUCACACUGUAAAUAAAACAAAAGAAAAAAUGUGUUAGAAUUUAGCUGAUGGGCUUAAUUUCUGAUUGAUUCUCAUUAAUGUACAGAAUGUCUAAUGAGAGAUGAGAUUGGCUUUGUUGUUUGCUAUAUUACAUUUUCAUAUUUAGGACGUUAAGAACAAUUGACGAAUUAAUUUUAUGUAUUUUUCGGGUGAAAAUGAUCUUGGAAAAUAUUUUCUGAUUAGCUUUAAUUUUUAAAAUACAUAAAAUCUUGAGUAUAUUGCUAUAUGCAGACAAGCCAUGUGCUUUAUGAAUGCCUUUUUUUCCCCGAAAAUGCCAGUUUUUUUUUUUUUUAAAUGCCUGCUUUUUGCAUUGUUUUUUUUUUUUCCGAAAAUGCCUGCAGUCUGACUAAAAAUCUUCAAUAAAGAUGGAAUUAGUUUGCCCAGUGACCA